UAGGGGACAUUGCACAAGAAAGACAAGAAAUUGCUGUUCAAUACAAAAACGUUUCAGUAAUUUGUCCAUCAGCAACAGUGGUGGUUCGCUGAGUUUUAUACACCCAAAAAUGUGGCAUUACCUAUUUCCUUUGUUUAUAUUCGCUAUCUCUCAAGCAGUUUUUGCAUCUGUAAUAAAUACUCAGAAGUUUGAAUGUCCCACUGGAAAUGGAUCAUUUCCUCAUCCCACUCAAUGUGAUAAAUACUACGACUGCAAAGAAGGCAUCGCUGAAGAAGUGUUGUGUUCAGAUGGUCUAGUUUUCAACGGGAAUCUUACAAGACCAGGAAAAUGUGAUCAAAUAUUCAACGUGGAUUGCGGUGUCCGCACAAAAUUACAAACACCUAGUCCUACAAGUGAAUACUGUCUUAGAAGAAAUGGUGUGUUUCCUCAUCCGGACGACACUAUUUGCGAUAUCUUUUUUAUUUGCGAUGACGGCGAACAUAGCGAAACAAAAUGCGCAAACGGAUUGCAUUUCCAAGCGUCUACAGGUCAAUGUACUUGGCCGAAUGUAGUCAAUCGAAAAAAUUGUGUGGAUCAGAAACGAAAGCUUGUGGAUGGAUUUGUGUGCCCUGGUGGACCGAAUAAGGACAAGUCAGGACAAGUAAUCGUAAAUCCUCAUUACCCGCAUCCAACUGAUUGCGAAUAUUUCUAUGUGUGCGUCGAUACCGUUGAACCAAGAAAAUUGCGAUGCGACGAUAUGCAAGUAUUUAAUGAGGAGAAAAAGACUUGUGAUGCUCCUGCUAAUGUUCCUGGAUGUGAAGACUGGUUCAGCGGUGAUGAUGAAAAAUAGGUGUAGGUAAUCGUUUUUGGGUUUCGUAAACUACAAGUAAAAAACUUUUCACCAUCA